ACACACACACACACACACAAAUUAUGGUAGUAAAAAGGUAGACUUGGUUUCAGCGUCAUUUCUAAGAUUCUCUCUCAUCUCUACCAAAACAUAUCUAUCUGCUGGUCCAUCUGCGUUCUGAAACCUAUUGCUUCUCUGCGCCUUUUCAUCAAACAGGAGCAAUGAUCAAACUAUUUAAAGUAAAGGAGAAGCAGAGAGAACUUGGUGAAAAUGCAAAUGGGAAGCCACCAGUCAAGAAGCAAAGUGCUGGGGAAUUACGUCUCCACAAAGAUAUAAGUGAACUCAACCUACACAAAACAUGUACCAUAUCAUUCCCUAAUGGGAAGGAUGACUUGAUGAACUUUGAGGUUACAAUUCGUCCGGAUGAAGGAUAUUAUUUAGGUGGCAUAUUUGUAUUCUCAUUCCAAGUUUCUCCUAUCUAUCCCCACGAGGCACCAAAAGUCAAGUGCAAGACAAAGGUUUACCAUCCUAAUAUCGAUUUGGAAGGAAAUGUAUGUCUUAACAUUCUUCGAGAAGACUGGAAACCUGUCCUAAAUAUAAAUACCAUUAUUUAUGGCCUGUAUCAUCUAUUCACGGAACCCAAUCAUGAGGAUCCCCUCAAUCCAGAUGCAGCUGCGGUGUUGAGGGAUAACCCCAAGAUGUUUGAAUCCAACGUGAGGAGAGCAAUGGCUGGUGGGUAUGUGGGACAGACUUUCUUCGCUCGAUGCAUAUAGCAUCUGAAGGCAGCAUCAAGUGUUCACUUAGUUAAAACUGGUGAUGCUUAAGGUCAGAGUUUGUACAUUUGGAUGCAAGAUCAUCUUGUCUAUCUGCAGUACAGAUGAUUGGGUUACAAAUAUCUUUGAAUUUAUGUAACUGGCAAGUGCCUGAAAAUGUUUGUAUGCUGUUAUAACCUUAUGUUUGUUUGUUUUGAUGAAAUAAUUAUGUCAAACUGAAUUUUAGGCAUCUGCUUUGAGGAAGUCUAUGAUCUUUGCUGUUGAUUCAA